GGAACCGUGCGAAGUCAGUUGCGGUCCGAGCGGCCAAGUCGUCAGUCCCGCCCUCGGUUCUUUCGCGUUUUCGGUCAGUCUCCGUUCGACGUUCGAACGGUGAAGUGUGUAUAGCGCUUGUGCGCACCGGUUACUGUGGCGUACUGCGAGGUUAUAAUGGACGCGCCCGGCGGAGCGCGGGAGCCCCGCUUCGGGCCGCCCUACGGUAUGGGACUUCUUGGGGACGUGCCUGAUAUGUACGGUGCUGGACGGCCACCGAGCUCUCUCGGUGGAGGUCUCAGGCCCGGCAUGCAGCCCUGCACAGUGCCAAGGGCCGGUGUGAAGAGACCGUCUGACCAGUGUUAUGAUGAAAGACCUUCCCAAAGUCUAGGAUUGGAGCAUUGCGCGAUGCCGGACAUAGCAGAUGAUGGUUAUGCCUCCUUGCAGCCGAAGAAGUCGCCACCUUCUAAUGGCAAAAAAACCAAGGGCCGUGUUAAAAUUAAAAUGGAAUACAUUGACAACAAACUACGGCGGUACACGACUUUCUCGAAGCGGAAGACUGGCAUUAUGAAGAAGGCUUACGAGUUAUCAACAUUGACUGGGACACAAGUGAUGUUGUUAGUGGCAUCGGAAACUGGACACGUGUACACAUUCGCGACGAGGAAACUUCAGCCGAUGAUCACGUCGGACUCCGGGAAGCGGCUCAUACAGACCUGCUUAAACUCGCCCGACCCUCCGACGACGAGCGAGCAGAGAAUGGCCGCCACCGGCUUCGAGGAGACUGAGCUCACGUAUAAUGUAGUAGACGACGACAUGAAGGAGGAACCGGCGACUUCAGGGGACAGCGGUGAUGAGAGCGGCAGCGAACCGGAGUGCCUCAACGACAAACCGCAGAACCAUAAGGAGUGGAACAGCAGAGAAGAGGCUAAUAAUAGAGAGUCACAAGCGGACAACCAACCAUCUACGUCAUCAUCAAAUCAAGAAGCUGAUGCGAAAUCGAGUCAACCGUCGUUACCCAGGAUUCUACCAAAAAUAGAUCUUCCCGGGGGUGCCAUGUUGUAUCCCUCGGGGGUGCUGGCUGGAGUGGGGCUAGAUGGUUUGGGUACUAAUCUAGGCCUGGGCAAUUUGGCUAUGGGCUACCCUCAUAGCUUUAUCUUAGGUUUAGCUAAUCAAGGUCAGGACGGAGCAUCAUCAUCAACCCAGCCGCAAUUCAUCACCAUCCCGUUGUCGAUGAUGGCUGGCGCGCCCAACGGCUGUCCCAGCGCCUCCAGUGAUGACAGCAGCGAGCUGCAAGACCUUAGCACUGGUGCGAGGAAGUGACCACUAUGAAAACGCCGCUGAAGACUGGAGUAUGUUAUAUUCAUUGUAUUAAUUAUGAUUAUCUUUUAAAUACGUACAUAAUGUACCAAAGUGUAACUGGUUAGACAUAAAAGCAAUAAAAUAGUGAUAUUCUUAGGCCUUUUAUAAUACUGGAGAUCCGUGUUUAGUCGAAGCGAAAAAAAUGAUAUUAGUUCAAGAUAAAAUGACUUGAUUUUUAAAUAAACUAAGUGUACCUCGUGCUACGCAUAUUAACUUAAUAGCAUACCAUAUGCUUUGAUAAAAAUCAGUCAAUUUAAAGUAAGACGUCAAUAAAAAGUGUAGUGUAAUUUGAUGAAGAUGAAUUUUUAAGUGUAAUAAUGUUUCUUAUUUAGUAUGAUUUAUAAAAUAUUGUGUAAAUUAUAAAUGUUUUGGAGAACAAACUUUUAAAUUGAGAACAUUAUUAUUAUAUAAUGCCAUAAUGUAGCCAUUUCUCCAUGCUUUUGAAAAGCCUGGAGCAUAUUGGCGUGGAUAUUUUAAUCAUCUUGUUCAGACUUACAUAUAAACGGUCUUCUGUUUG